CUGCUCAUCUUUCCAUGCGGGCAACCCAAAAGGGGGCAGGACUGUGUGCUGAUAAGGGGAGCUUCCUAGCACAGGACUAUUGUUCAGGGUCCUGCAUGUCAUUACCAUUUCUGCAUCCAUCUGAAUCCAGGCUGUCUGUUUUGUAGGUCUCUGUAUGCUCCUGCCAGAUGAACCUGUCUCUGGCUGGCUCGGAGGAUGAGUGAUACAUUUCACAGCACCAUGGGAAGGGCUGCUAGCAUGCUUCUGUUUCUUCUUUUCUUCUUCUUCCUCCAAGGCUGCUGCUGUUCUGAAGCUGAACACCGUCUGUACAAGGAACUGUUCACCAAUUACAACAACAUCAUCAGACCAGUGGAGAAUGUGUCUGACCCGGUCAUCAUUUGGUUCGAAGUCUCCCUGUCACAGCUGGUCAAGGUGGAUGAAGUAAAUCAGAUUAUGGAGACCAACUUAUGGCUGAGACAUAUCUGGAAUGAUUAUAAGCUCAAGUGGAAUCCAGACCAGUAUGGAGGUGUGCGGUUUAUUCGAGUGCCGUCUCAUAAGAUCUGGAAGCCAGAUAUUGUAUUAUAUAACAAUGCUGUCGGGGACUUCCAGGUGGAUGACAAAACCAAAGCCUUGCUCAACUAUACAGGGAACAUCACCUGGAUGCCCCCUGCUAUAUUCAAGAGCUCAUGUAAGAUAGAUGUGACCUACUUCCCAUUUGACUACCAGAACUGCACCAUGAAGUUUGGGUCCUGGUCCUACGACAAAGCUGAAAUUGACCUCGUUCUGGUGGGCUCCGCCAUGAACCUCAAGGACUACUGGGAGAGUGGAGAGUGGGCCAUUAUUAAAGCCCCAGGCUAUAAGCAUGAUAUUAAGUAUAACUGCUGUGAAGAAGUGUAUCCGGAUAUCACCUAUUCCCUGCAUAUCCGGCGUCUCCCCUUAUUUUAUACCAUCAACAUGAUUAUCCCAUGCCUCCUGAUCUCCUUCUUAACUGUGCUGGUGUUCUACCUCCCUUCUGACUGUGGUGAGAAAGUAACGCUGUGCAUCUCGGUCCUUUUGUCCUUGACGGUUUUCCUCCUUGUGAUAACGGAGACCAUUCCUUCCACCUCGCUGGUGAUCCCACUGAUUGGGGAAUAUCUCCUCUUCACCAUGAUCUUCGUAACACUCUCCAUUGUCAUCACGGUCUUCGUCCUUAAUGUGCACUACAGAACUCCUGGGACACACACCAUGCCCGAGUGGGUGAAGACCAUCUUCCUAAAAUUCCUCCCCAGGGUCAUGUUUAUGACGAGACCUGCCAGUGAAGAAGAGGACAUCCAGAAACCACAGGGAACUCCCAGUACGGAACUCCCCCACUUAAACUGCUACAGCACCUUGGAAACCAAGUUCUGCAAAGAUGGCUUCGUGUGCCGAGACAUGGCAUGCAGCUGCUGCCAGCACCAACGAAUUGCAUACGUGAAACUCAACAGCAGCCUGACACAGAGCUCCAGCUCCGAAUCGGUAGAUACCCUGAUUUCGUCCUCCGUCAUAUCGUCGGAAAUGAGAGAUGCAAUCGAGAGCGUGAAAUACAUGGCAGAAAAUAUGAGGUUGCAGAAUGAAGCCAAAGAGACUCAAGACGAUUGGAAAUACGUUGCCAUGGUAAUUGACCGGAUUUUUCUCUGGGUAUUUAUUCUUGUAUGUAUUCUGGGAACAGCAGGGCUAUUUUUGCAACCUUUGAUGGCUGGAGAUGAAAUAUAGGCACUACUGGCCUUAACAAGCAAUAUCUUACCUGCUGUCCAUAUGCUUACACUCUCUGUGUCUUUAGAUCCAGCCACUUUCUUUAUAAAUGUGAGAAUAAUCAAUUGUGUGGUAUAUGAAUUAUUGUAAAAGAAUUGUGAGACCCCAAAUAUUUAAUUCCUUGGAAGCAAACAACAGUUUUUUCUUACUUGUUUAAAUAACAGUUUCAAUACAUGUGUCUUAAAGAUUUGUAAUAAAUGGAUGUCUGAUCUCCAGAACAAUGCA